GUCUCCCAAAACCAAAACCCACCCACCAACCAACCAAAAACCCUUUUCUUUAAAAAGUAUCUGUCCUUUCCUGCUUUUCAACAGAGUCCAGUCCAGUGGUCUCAUCAAUCAUCCCCAGAUACCCACUCAUCUUUCUCCGAAUGAUUCUUCCUGAAAUGGGUUUCUUCCGAUGAUCGUGUUUCACAGCCGAUUGUGUUAAAGGAAAAGGGUUUGUUGAUCACACAUUGCGUUGCAGAGAUGAAGAAGAAAGCGAAAAGGGUUGAGAAAAAUGAAGAUGACUGUGAAGAAUGGUGCUUUCAAUGCAAAGAUGGUGGCGAUUUGAUCAUUUGUGAUCAUAAGGAUUGCUUGAAAUCGUACCAUCCUGAAUGUGUAAACUUUGAUGAGUCCUCUGGGAAAUCUAAAAGCCGGUUUAUAUGUAAUUGGCAUAAAUGUGAUACUUGUAGAAGAGCUUCAGAUUUCCAAUGCUAUUGCUGUCCAAAGAGUGUUUGCGGGCGUUGUAUCAAAUCUGCCGAUUUUGUUCAUGUUAAAGGGAAGAAAGGAUUCUGUGAGCACUGCUUGAAGCUUACACUACUUGUGGAAGAAAAGAAAGAUGUUGAUUCUGAGGGGGAAACUGUAGACUUUAACAAUCGGAACACGUACGAGACUCUAUAUAAGGAAUAUUGGGAGAUUAUUAAUGACACUGAAAAGUUGACUCUUGAGGAACUCUUAUCCGCGAAAACAAAACUGAAAUCUGGAAAAAAUUACGAUUCAGACCAAAACGACGACAGUGAUGAGUACCAAUGUUCGGAUUCUGAAGAAAAUGAAGAAAAGAAACCACACGGUUCUGGAAAGAAAAUGAAAAGAGCAAAGCCUGAACCUUUAGAGAAAAAAGUCAAAACAAAAGUAAAAAAGGAAGUCAAAGGGAAGUCAAAGUCAAACAAGGAAGAGUUCAUGGGAUGGGGAUCAACGCGCGUCAUCGAAUUUCUUACCUACAUAGGAAAAGAUACAUCUAUUGCAUUAUCUCAACGUGAGCUAGAAAACAUCGUUAAAAGAUACAGUCAGGAAAAGAAUCUAAUCCAAAAGAACAAGAUAGUCGAGUGUGACGAAUGGUUACGGUCCGUUUUUAAAAGAAAAACAAUACGAAUGAAUAGAAUUUAUGAUUCUUUGGAGACCCAUUUGGCUGAAAAUCAGGUGUCAUCCGACGAAGAUGAAGAUGAAGAAGAAGAAGAAGAAGAUGAUUUACGGUAUGAAUCAGAGGAAAUUGAUCAUGAACAUAAGGAGGUGGUGGUGCUCAAUAAAAGGAAGAAAAAGAAUAAUGACGGUAAAGUAGUAGAGAAACAAGAGGAUGUGACAGAUGUUUCGCAUUACCAGUUUGCGGCAAUUGUGCCUGAAAACAUUAGGCUAGUGUAUUUGAGAAGGAGUUUAGUGCAGGAGUUUACUAAAGAACCGGAGAGCUUCAAGAGUAAAGUAGUAGGAAGUUUUGUGAGAGUUAAAGAAGAUACAAAUGGUUUCUUUUCAAGGGGUUCUUAUCAGCUUAUGCAAAUAACAGGUGUAAAGAAAUGUUUGGUUGAUGAAAAUGAAUUUAUUCUGAAAGCAUCAGAAACAGAUAUCUGCAUCACUUCGCUGUCGGAUGAUGACUUCUCUGAGGAAGAAUGUCAAGAUUUAAAAAAGAAAGUGAAAUCCGGAAUACUUCAAAAGCUUGAGUUGACAGUUCUUGAAGAAAAGGCUAGGAGUCUGCACAGGGACAUUGUGACACAUUGGAUUCCUCGAGAGCUUGGCAUAUUGAAACAUCGCAUCGACCAAGCAAACGAGAAAGGAUGGAGAAAAGAGCUGUUUGAGUACUUGAGAAAAAGGGAACUCUUGCUAGAUGAAAAAAACAAGCAAAAAUUACUAGAAACGCUUCCAAGUGUGGUUCCAGAUGUUGAAGAUGACAGCAAAGAUUCACCAAAAUCUAUUCUAACACAUUCGUCAUCGGCUGCUUUCGGUAUCACUUCAGUGAAAGAAGAAGUGCCCGCAUCUGAAACAUACGAAAUGGCGAUGAAACUGGAGAAAUUUUUUGGUUCCCUGGAGAAGCAAGAAAAGUCAAGUAAACCAUCUAUUGUCAAAAGUCCAAGUCAAUUGUUUGACUUUAGUAAAGAAAAGUCAAGCAUGGAUGAUAUAAGCAAGGCGGAUGUUGAAGACACUGAAAGCUCUCAAUGGUUCGUUACAUGCCUGAGCGGUGAAAAGGUGGGGCCCGUAUCGUUAUCGGUGCUCAAGAACUGGAGCCAGACCCAAGCUGCAUCAAAAUCCAUGAUUUAUAAGAUAAACGAAAGCAAAGAACAGGCCAAGCCACUGACUGCUGUGCUGAAUCUUGCUUUUUUUAUAAAAUGAUCAUGUUUUCAGGGGUUCUUUUGAAACUUAUGUUUUGACUUUGCUGAAGUCAAAGUAGUAUGUGCAGUUCAUGAGUCUAUUUUUAGUGGUGGUAUUAUAUAAGAGCAAGAGACCAGUGGUUUUGGAAACAUGUUGUUCAUAGUCUAAGAACAGGUAAGAUUGGUCUCGUUGUGUUGUGUUGAACUCUCUGCCUAUUUUAGUUGUUUUUUGUGUUUAAAUCUGGUGUUU